AUGAAGUUCCUGCAUCUCUUACUUGCUGUUUCCCGAGUAUCCAUAGCACUAAGUAUACCCACUCCCCCUACUGCUGAUAACUCGCUACCAAAGAUUGAAGUGUUUUAUGUGGCAGACAAAUACGAAAUUGAACUGAGUCCCAAGUAUAGCGCCCUAUUGAACUCUGACAGGGAUGACGUCUUGUUCGUACUAAAAGAUACAAACACCUACUUAACAAAGUACAAGCUUACAGGUGGAGACGAUGACGAAGACAAGCCUGAAGAUCUUGAUGAAGUUUUCGACAGCUCAAGUUGGUGGAAUCCAUUUGCACCCAAGAAGCACAUUACUACAAAUUGGGUGGAGUUCGAGCAAACAAACAUUACCCUUCAGACAUAUCCUGGGUUUAUUCCGCUCAGUACAUGCCAAUCACAGGAGCUUGGUGAGGGUGGUUCACUCACUUUGAAGUACUCGUUGCUGGGAGCCGCAAAGUUUGGAAUAGCCAAGUCAAUUUCCCAGCUGAUUGCAAUCUUCACCUUGGAAUUCACGCAGUCUGAAGUGCUUGCCAGAUACAGAGUGUUUAGUCUGCUGGAUACUUGUUCGCUCAAAGCAGGCUCGGUUGGUCAAAUUAUUGCAAGACCAUCAUACGUAUCGUUUUAUCCAAGAGAGAGAUACUCAAGAUGGAGCAAAACUGCCAUGAAGUUUCUUGGAGACGAAGAGUUUGAUGAAAAUGUUCAAGAGUUGAAGUUACUUUCCAAAACGCACGCUUACUGUGCAACUAGUGACUAUGUGAAGCUAUUUUGUAAUAGUGAAAUAGGACGCCCCAAUUGGGACAACCCACUAGGUAUCGAGUACGUGAGUAAAGUCAGAUACAACGCUACUUCUGUCUUACAGUCAGUUGGAUAG